UCCUGUGUGCCAGAAUGUUCUUGCAGGAAUGAAAGCUUUGGAAGAAGUUUGAUUUGCAUGUCUUCCUCUUUGCGAAGAAUACCUGAGAAUAUCCCACUCGAUGUCAAAAAGGUCAGAAUAGAAAAUUCCCACCUGGAAGAAUUACCUCGCGGUGCAUUCCCCAUAGCCCGUGCCUUGGAAUACCUGUGGCUGAAUUUUAAUUCUAUCACACUCAUGCAUGCGAAGAGUCUGCAACAUUUGCACAGUCUAGCCGAGUUGCGACUGCAGGGGAACAAACUGCGUUCAGUACCAUGGACAGCUUUCCAGGAUUGCCCGGCUUUGAAAAUUUUGGAUCUGAAGCGCAAUAGGCUGGAUGUUCUUCCCGAGCAUUCCCUGAGGUAUCUCACCAACUUGACCUACUUGGACAUAUCCUUCAACCAGCUUACAGUGAUUUCUCCAGAUGUGUUCUUAAAUUGGCCGGUCUAUCAGAGAACACUGCAGCAUGAGGGACAGGAGCAAAGUAUCCCCAACGCUGUGCUGGCCCUCCAUGAUAAUCCAUGGCUCUGUGACUGCCGCCUUAAAGGUUUUGCACACUUCGUCAAAACCAUCAGCCCUCCUGUUAUUCUGAUGAAUUCUUACCUAUCCUGUUCAGGCCCCGAUUCCAGGGCGGGGAAAUUUUUCUACGAAGUGGAACUGAAAAGUUGUUUUAAACCCACAGCAACGGCUGAGAACACAAACAUUAGUGUUCCGUUUGGACAGAAGGUACAUUUGUCCUGUGAGGCUAAAGGGAGUCCUACCCCUAAAGUAUGGUGGACAAAUGGUGUGAAGAUCAUUCGGAAAUUUAAUGUGUCUUUCACAAAUAUUAAUGAAGAAACGGUGAAGUCGGAACUAGUGAUUCCUUCAGUCCACAGGACAGAUGAAGGGAGUUACAUGUGUAUUACUACUAACUACCUUGGAAACUCAUCUGUGCGGAUCCUGGUGAAAGUUUUAACUUCGGAAUUUUUACCUACUGUAUCGUCCUUCGAAGAGGAGAAUGUUUAUAUAGAUGUUAGGAUUGCGAAGCAGACGGUAUACGGCAUAACCCUGGAGUGGUAUGCAGCAACUCAGAAUCCUGCUGAGACCUGGUACACCCUGCACUUUGGGAAAUUUGAAGAUGCUAAAAAGGAAAUGAUUUACAUUGGACCAGGAGUAAAUACUUACUCAGUUAACGAUCUGUUUCCGGCAACAAAGUACCAGGUGUGUGUGACACUGAGGAACCAGCUUCCGAAAAGAGGUCAAUGCGUUAUAUUUGUUACAGGCAGUGAUAUCAGUGAAAUGGAGCAAAGAGAGAAACUCAUUCACAUUAUAGUCAUUGUGUGCGCGAUGGUUUUGGCAGUCCCGGCUGGGAUGUACGCUUGUACGACAGAGACCCGUUUCAGCUGCUUUGACAAAUGCGGCAAGUUCUGUCGAAAACAAAGGCGGGGAGAGAAAGCACUGAAAACAGGGACACGGGAUGUCACAUUUGACAGCCUGCAGACAGGCAGCGAUGUUGAACUUUGUAACAGAGACUCCAACGAAGACAGGAGAAGACGUAAAAAAUCAGAUGACAAAGCCCACAAGGUCAAGACAGAGCACAAGAAUAGUGAUGAAUUGUAUUAG